ACUUUAUGAUUCUACUGUAGGAAGUAUCCCACCUCAUUUACAAGUUUGUAAAAUUUACGGUUUACAAAUCGUCAACACAAACACACUCCCAAAUGUUGGUAUCAGCUCUAACCAAAAUCCAAGUACCAUUGUAAGCUUGUAGCAUCUUGUUUAAUACCCUGGCCUUUAUAUUUACUGGCACCAUGCCUUUCCAGUUCAGCCAGCUGCUGCUGCUGUCUCUGCUCAUCUGCCAUCAGCCACUGACUACCUGAGCCAUUACUGCCAAACUGCUACUGCUACGAAAUACUUGGUGAUCCAUGGCCUGCCUGUUCUUAGGUGCAAGUGGCCUUUGAGCUUUGGAUCCAUGGAGGUGUUGCAUUGCCCAUGACCUGCUCUUCCUCUGACCAUUUGUACAGUGGCAAAUCUGGUAAUUCCUCUGUUGGUGAUUUUUCGGCUGGUGCGAGAUGACGAAGAAGAGUUGUUAUGCGAGGGCUACGUGUGAUCCUCACCGUGAUCAACACAAGAUCGCGGGAGAAGCAAAUCCAGCAAUGAAGCAUGGACAGAGCAGCGGUUCAGGACCCCAAGCUCCUGCGAAGAAGACAUGGAAGAGGUACCUGACGUUCCUGACAAAGUUUCAGAGCAAGAUGAAGCACAGGAGAGCACCGGACGCCAAGGCGCCAAACGGCUUCAAGCAGAGGAACCCAAGGCGCUCCUCCGGCCCAGUGCUCGAAGAAUGCAGCAACCUGGUUCGCGUGGUCCGGCGCACGGCGGCAGGCUGCUUCGCGGCGGUGAUGGCGUCAGGCGGCGGUGAGGACGAGCUGCCUUCUUACGUGCAGCUUGACCAGGUGAGGUACGGAGUGAAGAGGGAGGCCUUUGGUCCGAUCUACCUGGUCACAUAGACGGUUUGACUGUCAAGUGCUUGUGCUUCUUCUUCAGGUGUCAUGGCAAUCUUCUUGGUUGCCAACCAAGACCUCUUCAGAAAUUAUGCUGCCUUUGUCAACACAAAGCGCGUAACUUUCACGUUAAACCUAGUUGAAUAACGUGUUACCACCAUUUCUUUAUCUUCCUCGCCCAAGACUCGGAUCUUGCAAUAGCAUCAAGAUUGUCGGCGAUCUCGAUAAACGUGUAAGAUUUGCACAUCGGUAGCGUUGUUUCUUAUUGGGCGAAAAUCAAAAGAGAAUCAUCUGUAUUCAGCAUUGCCCGGCGGCGUUAUCCGUCGGUGUAUGCUCACCGUAGUAACCAAGGUGAGGAGCGACGUGUGACGGUGACAUCGCGGCCGGUGGUCAAGUUUUUCUUUUUCUUUUGAGAGGGGCCGGUGGUCAAGUUUUUCUUUUUCUUUUGAGAGGGGCCGGUGCUCAUCUGGGCCGGGCCAAACUGCACUUCUAA